CUCAGACUCUGCGUCUGCGUCAUUCAUCACAUCUGUUACUACCGAUUAGUAGUAGAUCAUCGGAACGGAUUAAGGGCGGGAUUAGUGGUCGAGUUCAAAGAAUAUCGCAAGCAGAGGAAAAUUUCAUGAGAUCCUGGAUGUAACGCAAUGGGAAUUUUAGAAGAUUAUUACUGAAUUUUUGUUAUGUGAUACGAAAGUUUGCAUUGAUGACUGAAUAUUUUGUUGUCUUUACAUAUUGUUAAUUUAGAAAUAAUUUAUGAUGCUACGAAGUGUAGUUGGUCUUAUGAAAUAUUUUGGUUUUUAACGAAUGCAAUUGUGUUUUAUAUGUUUGCCAAAUUGUUUCCUUUGUGGUGACAGGAGCCCUGUUUUUCACAGGAAUAUUUGAUUUCCAGUAUAAUUGAAAGCAGGCUGUAAAUGAGCUAGGAUUAUUUUGAACUUGCAAAACACCUGGAUGCAAUCUACCAUUCUGUGAGACGUAGAUUUUAUGAUUACUUGGAUGAAAACUGUUUAUUCCCAAAAUUUCACUAUCUGAAAGUUUGGCAAUAGUUGGUUCAUUUUGAGAGCUUUUCUUGGAUGAAACUGAAUAUUCAUUGACAUAAAACAGACUUUUUUUCAAAGCUGUAUACGUAUUCAACAUCCUUUGAGAAUGGAAGCAGAAAACUCAGUUUUUUCUUUAUUCAAACAAGGAAACGAUAAUUUUGAGGAUGAACAUACCAAAUCCACAGUUGAUGGAUCUUUAUUUGUAGAUUCUUCCAUAGAAGCAAUGGGGGACCCAGAAUAUAUUGAAUGUGAAGUUGAUGUAAGAUAUACAUGCCAGGAUAGAAAGAGUGAAGAAGACCAUCCAAGUUUUGACGUGGAAAGCGGAAAGAAGAAACCUUUCGCUUGCUCAGUAUGUCAAAGAAGUUUUUCUGAAUCAGGUGAUCUCAAAAAACACAUGAGAACUCACACAGGAGAGAAACCAUAUACUUGCUCUGUAUGUCAAAAAAGUUUUUCUCAUUCAAGUAAUCUCAAAAAACACAUGAGAACUCAUACAGGAGAGAAACCGUAUACUUGCACUAUAUGUCAAAGAAAUUUCACUCAUCAAAGUCAUCUCAAAUCCCACAUGAGAACUCAUACCGGAGAGAAGCCAUAUACUUGCUCAGUUUGUGAGAAAAGUUUUUCUCAUCAAUGUGAUCUUAAAACACACAUGAGAACUCAUACGGGAGAGAAACCGUAUACUUGCUCAGUAUGUGAGAAAAGUUUUUCUAGUCAAAGUAAUCUCAAAACACACAUGAGAUCUCAUACAGGGCUGAAACUAUUUACUUGCUCUGUAUGUGAGAAAGCUUUUUCUCAAAAAUGUGAUCUCAAAAAACACAUGAAAACUCAUACUGGAGAAAAACCAUAUACUUGCUCGGUAUGUCAAAAAUGUUUUUCUGAAUCAAGUAAUCUCAAAACACAUAUGAGAUAUCAUACAGGAGAGAAACCAUAUACGUGCUCUAUAUGUCAAAAAAGCUUUUAUCAACAUAAUCAUCUCAAAACACACAUGAAAAGUCAUACAAGAUCAGUAGAGCCAAAAGGCACAAAUAAGAAAGUACCAAGACCUAAAAACGACCUGAAAAGCACAUGGAAACUGAAGGAAAUAGAAAAAAUACCCGUGGUGGUAGGGGCAACAAGACUAAUAAAGAAAAACCUGAGAAAAUAUCUUUAGGCAGUACCAAGUUGCCCAAGUGUAAAUGAGGUGCAGAUUGCUGCCCUCAAAGGAACAGGAAACAGCUUGUAAAGAGCCCUCGGAUAUAAGGCUAGUGGAAUGGAGGUGUAACCAUAAACCCUCAGGUUGGGGCCCAUUGCACCACUGAUAUAAAUUGUAAGUUAAGAAUAACGUAAGCCAGAAAGAAACCAUUCACUUGUUGUGUAUGUCAAAGAAGUUUCCUGGUUUAAGUCAACUCAAAACACAAGAAUUCCUAAUAGACAGAAACUGUGUAUGUUCUUGAUCUUUGUCCAAGUAGUAUUUCUAAUUCUGAAAUUCUCAAAGCACACAUUGGAAAUAAUUUUAGAGAGGGAUAUUCUCCAGUCCUAAUGUAAAAAAUGUUAGCCAUUUUCAAACACUUUGAGGUUACUCUUGAAAAUUCAUAAUAUUUACAGGUCAAUUAGAUGUAAAGUACAGAAUGCCAAAACCUAUGUAACUUACCGAGUAAUUACAUGUAGCUGAAGGCUUCCUACCAUGGCAGUUGAAAUAUUCCAAAUUUUGUGCCGGUGCCAGCAUCGUUAGUGUACGUGUAUAGGACCCACCCACUUUUGGGAGCGAUGUGUUCAAAAAAGAGAACCCAUUCUUUUUUUGCUGGCUCCUGACUAACAUCGGUGGUUUUAGCAGUCAUCUUUCAUCAUUGUUUGGAUAUUUUCCAGUAUCUUUAGUGACAUACUAGAUUAUUUUGUGGUUGUUUGCAUAAUUAGCUAGACCAAUUAUAUCAGAUUCAAGCUCUUCCAACAUUAGAUAUUGUUCAGAAGGAUGUAGAAUUAGAUUGACUAAGUUCUCAUAUGACUUGCACAGCAAAUGCAUUACUAAAUGUAGGGAGCAGGAUUGUUCAAGGGAAUUAACUUGCUCAGUGUUUGUAAAUUGGGAUGAAUCUAAAUGGAAAGCUUAAGAUCUCAUUUAGACAAACUAUCUAGAGAUAGGAAGAGAAAGGCAGCGCCCAGAGCUGAAAGUAGGACAUCUAUAGAGACUUCUCCUUUAGUAGUUGAGGAAUUACCUACGCUUGCUCAACCUCCUAUUACUUCCCCAGUUGUUAGCCCUCCUAGCAACUCCAAUUUCAGGCUCCCAUGAUUCCAAACCCAACACCAUUGCCAGAAGGUCACUGUCCCGCUCCCCCCGCACCGGGGAGUAGACAAGGGAGGCUGGAGGGCUUGCUCCCAGACAGUUACCCUCUCCGUCGUACCUGUUGAUGGCUCCCAGGCUGCGAUAGAGUGCCGUUGGAAAGGUGUCUCUUUCAGUGCUCACCGUCUGUCGUCAGACUAUGGGCUCUUCUCCAGACAAGAGACACCAUCUUCGUAAAUCAUCGACCUCUAGGCCUCUGAAGAGGCAUGCUGCGCUUGUUAAAGAGAUACAGGGAGGUUGGGGACAAUCCACAACCUUCAUGUAGUUUUCAAGACACACACACACACUUUUAUUUUUGUAAUUGGGAUAGCCCGGAGUCCUUUUCAGGAGCAAGCUUUGCGAUCACUUUUACCCGUCAAAUGACCACCUGUUUCUGAUCGCCCAUCUCGUGAGGACACUGUAGUGUCUGCUACUGUUCAUUGAUGAGCUUCUCUGGACCGCUUGGCAUCCUCUCUUGGCUUUUCGGCUUUUCUGCACUUGUCCUCUCAGCACCAAUCUUGGACCGCACAGUGCCCAUACCUAGACUCUUAAUGCCCAUUUUUGGUAGCUCGAUGCCUGUCUCGGACCGCUCGGCGCCCGUAUCAGCGGCGCCGCUGCGGGGCGCAUAGCGCCAUUAUCAAUGUGGAUGAGUCGUUGGCACCUCUUAAAUGCCAAUUAGAGCAGGUGAUGGACUUUUUAAGAAAGAAACCGUCUUCUAAAAGCAAGGAGAGUAACUUGUCUGCGAUUUCAUCGGAAGAUGAAGCAGUAGAGUAAGAGACAGCUUCCUCUUCUGCUUAUGCCGUUGCUUAUGAAAUUCUUUCUGGAGAAUUACCUGGAGUUUUUCGUUCCUGCGACUCCAGUAGCUCCUGCUUCUACCUUACUUAUAGGGAAAAUUCCUUUAGAUGGACUCCCUCAGAUGGUUUUGUUUUCCUCUUCUAAGAUGGUUCUGGGAGAAGUGGAAGAGUGGCUGGCUGGCUGGCAAGAGGGAGCUAGGGAACGCCACCUUUGCUUUUCCUCCCUCUAAACUUAUCAAGAAGCGACUGCUAUUAUGUGACAGGUGAGACUCCUUCCCUGGGAGUUUCUGCCUCCUCCCAGGGGGACUUGUCCAGUCCAGUGGACUCAGAGGGACGGUCGGCAUUUGCUGCUGCAAAGGUUUUCUUCUCUUCACCAAAAAUCGAUCAUUUGGUGAAGAAUAUUUUCAAAGUCUUAGAAAUUUUCAGUUUCUUAGACUGGACUGUGGAUGCCUUGGCUAGAAAGAUAGAAAAUUGUCCUUCUCUAGUAGCAGAAGAUCUGUCUGCAGAUUGGCUUGGAGUGUUGUCUUGUACAGACAAAGCAGUUAGGGAUGGUUACAGUGAAAUUGCUUCCCUUUUCUCAAUGGGAUUGUUGAAAAAGAGAGAGCUGUGGUGCUCUUUCACUUCCAAGGGUGUCACAUCUACUCAGAAGUCUGCCCUCUUGUUCUCGCCUUUUGAUAAGGCUUAUCUUUUUCCACAAAGUAUGGUGAAAGACGUCCUGUCAGACCUUCAGAAUAAGUCCACUAUGGACUUAUUGACUCAGUCUUCUAGAAGGCCAAAGGAGCCUGUAGCCUCCUCCAAGUUGUUCUCUCCAUUGCAGUCUCAGCCCUUUUGGGGGUUAGAUCCAUAUCACAGUCCAGACCAAGAGCUAACUUGCGCUCUAGUGCAAGACCUAUCAAAAAGUACUCCAUUAAACUGUCUUCCAAAAAGUGAUUUGUAUGUCCUCUAUAUCCCUGUAGGAGUAAGGCUCCUUCAUUUUUGGAGGGAAUGGAACCACAGAGGGGCAGAUCCUUGGGUGGUACAGCCAUUGAGAGAAGGCUAUGUAUUUGAUUCCUCUCAUAGAUAAGCUGCCGUUAUCCAGCUCACUGAUCGUGUUAACAGUACUUGGUAGGAUCCGAGAGACAUUUAGCCUUCUUGCAGGAGGUGGAAGCACUUAUCUGCAAGAGAGCAAUGGAAGAGGUGUCAGAUCAUGGCACAGAAGGGUUCUACAACUGACUCUUCGUACUCCCCUAAUCAUCGGGGGGCUGGAGGCCAGUCCUGGACGUCAGUGCCCUGAACUUCUUUAUUGCAAGACGAAGUUUCAUAUGGAGACCAGUGCCUCAGUCAUGUCCUCUCCACAUUCAGGGGAUGGGAUGGUAACUCUGGAUGUGGAAGAUGCAUACUACCAUAUUCCCAUUCAUCCGGAGUCAAGGAAACUUCUUUGCUUCGUGCUCCGAGGCAAAGUUUUGCAAUUCAGAGCUCUCUGUUUAGGUCUGACUUGGCGCCUCAAGUAUUUAUGAGAGUUGUAACCCCUCUCACAAAGUGGCUUCACCUGAUGGGGAUCAAAAUCUCAUUUUUCCUGGACAACUGGCUUCUUCAUUCACCCUCAAAGGAACAGUGCAUGGAGGACUUGAAAAAACUAAUGACUUUGACUCAGGAGUUGGAAAUUUUAAUAAAUGUCCAAAAAUCGCGGCUUACUCUGUUACAGACAAUUCUGUAUUUGGGCAUGAUUCUGGACUCAAAUUUUUCGGGGUUUUCUGUCCCAAGCAUAUAAAUGCAUGUCCUCAAACAGUCUGAGAAUUCCUAAAUCGUUAGUCCUUCUCAGCUCUACAAUGGAUGAGCUUACGGGGAACCCUAGCUUCACUGGAGACCUUUGUAAAACUGGGAAGGCUUGUCAUGCAUCCACUUCAGUUUUACCUGAAGGUACUUUGGUCCAGGAAGACUCAGCAGGACUCUCUCGUCUUUCCCAUUUCUGAGAAAAUAAAAACAGACCUUCAGUGGUGGUUAUCUGUGGACAGACCUCAGGAAGGGAAGUCACUCCGACCUCAGAACCCAGAGCUGAAAUUUUAUUCAGACAUGCCAGAUCUCAGAUGGGGGGCCAUCCUAGAAUGGCAAAAGGUGUCGGGCCUAUGGAUGGGAUCAGAAAGCCCUUCACAUCAAUGUGAAGGAAUAUUUAGUGAUCUUUCUAGGUCUACAGCAUUUUUCUCACCAGGUGUCUGUAGUAUUUCCAUCCACCCGACUAACUACUAGGUAGUUUGACAGAAACAUGAGGUGACAUUCCAAUUUUAUUCACAACCUCUGGGAAUACAUUUUGCAGAGCGUGACGCUAAGAAUGGCAGGAAGUCUCUCGACAAUAACAACAAAUGCCCACUUCCCUGCUUAAACAACAGGCACAAUUGAAUACAUACAUUAUUCCCAAGUGAUGUUUCUCAUUCACUCGCAAUACAUAUCGUUGUCCAGAAAGAUAGAAGCAGUGUUUGCAGACAACACAACGGCCCUGUCUUACAUCUACAAACAAGGGGGCACUCACUCCUUCACACUUUACCAAACACUGUAGGAGUUUCUUCUUUGGACAGAACGACAACAAGUGACGAUCUUCACUCGUUUUGUACAGGGCAGAUUAAACAUCUUGGCGGAUGAAUUAAGCAGACAAAACCAAGUCCUUCCAGUAGAGUGGACCUUGGACCUCCAAGGAUGCAAGGGACUUGGAGACUUUGGGGACGACCAACAGUAGAUCUCUUUGCAACAGCAAAGAAUCAUCGUCUCCUGAUCUUCUGCUUGCCAGUCCUGGACCCUCUAGUAUGGGCAGCGGGCGCUAUUCUCCUCAACUGGACAAGAUUAGACCUCUAUGCUUUCCCUCUGUUCGCCAUGAUGCAGGAGGUAGUAAGCAAAUUCUCCACACACCAGAAUGUCUCCAUGACUCCAUUCUGGCUGAGUAAGGAAUGGUUUCUGGACCUUCUUCAACUCUUAGUGUGGACUUCCUAAGACUUCUUCCUCCAAAGAAGUCACCAACUUCUGAAUACUGCCUACUUUGAUUGUAAAGCGUGCUAGUAGAAGAUCGAUGACAUCUAGCGAUGGCUUCUGCAGCUUGUUUUGAAAAGCCUUUUGCUUUCUAUUCAGGUUCCAUCAAAGACUAUGCGCUCUGUCUCUGACAGGAUUUCGACUGUCAGACGACUGGUUGAAGCGAAAGGCUUUUCAAAACAAGCUGCAGAAGCCAUUGCUAGAUGUCAUCGAUUUUCUACUAGUAGGCUUUACAAUCAAUGUGGGCAGUAUUCCCAAGUUGAUGUCGAAGGCAUAACAUCAUCUGAGUCCACUAUAGCCCAUAUAGCAGAUUAUUUGCUGUUUUUGAAGUCCUCCAGAAAGUUAUCCUCCAGUACCAUUAAGGGGUACAGAUCUUUCAAACACAGGGCUUUGGUUGUUGGUCUCAAUCAGGACCUUAGCGAUCUUAUUAGAUCUUUGGGGACUUCCAAAUUGGAGAAUGCGAAAGCAGUUUCAUGGAAUUUGGACAUAGUUCUGAAGUUGCUUUCUGGUGGCUCUUUCAAACCCCUCUGCAUGGUAUCACUCAAGAAUCUCAUGAAAAAAGACCCUCUUCCUAGUAGCUCUGGGUAUGGUAUAAAGGGUUAGUAAAUUAGAGGCGACAGAUAGAAGAAAAGGGUUUUCCGAAGGAGAUGCUGUCUAUUCCCUUUCUUUAGGAUUUCUUGCCAAGAAUGACAUGAACAAACCUUGGCCACGUUCUUUUUCUUUUAAGAAUCUGAUGGACAUCAUUGGACCAGAGGAGGAAGAAUUACUUUUAUGUCCAGUAAGAGCUCUACACUACUAUUUGCAGAGAACAGAAAAGAUUAGAGGACCUGCAAAUAUUUUUUGGUGUUCUGUGAAAUCCAAUCUCCGUCUCGUCCAAUGUCAAAGAAUGACAUUUCCUUCUUUUUGAGGAGUUUUAUAGCUGAGGCAUGCUCUCAACUCCAGGAAGAUAUGUUACCUUCCAUUAAUGCUAAGGCGCAUGAAGUUAGAGCAGUCGCCAUUUCUCUUGCCUUUAGGUAUAAUAUGUCUGUGGAUUCGAUGAUGCAGUCUACAUUUAAGAAAUGUAGGUCAGUGUUUGCAGUACAUUAUUUAGAGGAAAUUGAAACAGCUUUCAAGAAUUGUUCCACGUUGGGUCCAUUGUCGGUGGCUGGCAAGGUGUUGGGGGAGGAAGCAUACCGGGCAAACUGUCCCUCUAAUAUCCUCUAUUCUUGGUUAAGGUGUUGAGUUUUGGGAAGCCUGGCAGCACUUGUUACCCAGUCAUUAUUGUAGGGUGGUAUUGGUUGGUUUCAUAAUGUAGGUGAUGAUGUUAUUUUUAUCUGACCUACUCCCAGGGCAAGGGCGCCAAGUUUUUAAUCUUCAUCAGUCAUCCGGUGAACUUCCAUGACUACAAAGUUUUUUCCUACUAAGUAGGGGUGAUCAUUAGCCAAAACUGCCACGCCUUCUACAGGUGAAGGGAAUGCUGAACAGAGGCAGUAAUCCUCUGCAAUGCUUUCUUACCAGGUAAGGUACAAUGGGUAUUUUGAAAAUACUUGCAGAUCUGUAUACAUGCAGUCCCCAGGUUACGACGGGGGUUCCGUUCUUGAGACGCGUUGUAAGCUGGAACAUCGUCAAAAAUCCUAAGAAAACCUUACAUUUAAUGCUUUUGGUGCAUUAAAAACUAUGUAAACUGCAUUCUUAUUGCAUUUUUCAUCAAAAAACCUUCAAAUAUUGAUUAUUUUGCAUUUUUGGUGUCAUAUUUCUUCUGCCAGAUCAGCGUUGUAGGGCGGCCAUAACCCUGGAAAUAAUUUUGAUGAAUAUAAUUGAAAAGCGCCUUAACCUCAGAACGUCGUAAGCUGAACCUGUCGUAACCCGGGGACUGCCUGUACUCUGUUACCAACGCCAUAAGGGACCAGUAAUGAAUUAUGGUGCCAUGGCGCCAUAAGAUCUGUAUACUCUGUUAUCAGAUCCAUAAGGCACCAGUAAUGAGUUAUGGUGCCAUGGCGCCGAUAACAGCACCCCUCCCAGAAUGGAACCCCUGCCAGUAACCGGGGACUGCCUGUACUUACUUUUAAUGUCUAAUGUAGUACAUGUCCAUGAUUCCCACCUCCAUAAAUGUGGAGUCAGCUACAUGUAAUUACUUGGUAAAUUACAUGUGUAAGAAUGACAUUUUUAUAGUAAAAUUAGUUUUUACACAUACUCACCAAGUAAUUACAUGAUCAUAGCCCUUCCCCCCUCCUCACAGAUGGACAUGGCAGGCCAAACAAAUUGGUUUCCUGCAGUUUGUACCCAUCGGUCCCAAAAGUGGGUGGGUCCUAUUCACCUACACUAGUGAUGGUGUCGCCACCACAGAAUUUGGAAUAUUUUGACUACCGUGGUAGGAAGUUUGCAGCUACAUGUAAUUACUUGGUAAGUCACAUGUGUAAAAUCUAAUUUUAUUAUAAGAAUGACAUUUUUUGACUGGCAGUAUUUUAUUUAUUCAAGAGUAUUUCAAAUGGAAGAAAAUUACUAGUACAUAGAUUCUCACUAGGAUUGAAUAUUGUACAUAGAACAUCGUGAGAAAAUGGAAGCUGAAAUAUCAUUAUCAUUGCUUUUAAUCACAGAAGAGAAGGAGAAUUUGGAGGAGGAUCAUACUGAAAACACAGAUGAUACUUUCUUAGAAGUCAAAGCAGAACCAGAAUAUUUUGACCAUAGUGAAUUUGAUGUGAAAUGGUUGUAUAAAUAGCCUUUAUACAAAGGUAAAUUAAUUUUAGUUUUUUUAAAUUGUGCUCAUUGAAUACUGUUCAGUACUAGGUUAAGAAAUUGUCUGGUGUCUAUACUUAACAUUUCUUAUUCCUAUGUACUUUUUGUAUGAUUUUCAAAUUAUAUGCAUAAGUAGUUGUAAGCUUGAAUAUUUCCAUGAAAUGUCAUGAAUAUUGGAAAUGAAAAGACUGAUUUUUCAUUAAACAUCAAUUAAUGUUAGGUCCAUUUAUAUUUGAUUACUUUUUUUUAUAUGUUCUAUGUUUUAAUACUCUGCAAAGAAUGUGAUACAGCAUUAGUUAAUCCUUUGUAUUAACCCACUGGACACAGUGGACUGACUAAAUAACUGUAUUAUUGUACUGUUCAGUUUUAAGUUCACCCAUCAGAAGUGUUGAAACCAGACCUGCUUUGUAAGUGACUAUAAUACUCUGUCACUGUAUUCUGAUUUAAGUUAACCAGUCAGAAUUGUUGUGACAGAAUUAUCUCAUAGAUUUUUACCAUUUUGACAAUGAACAAUCUGAUAUUCUUGGUCUUUUUGUUAACCUUGUAACCUUCUUUCCAACUGUAUUUCAUUUGUGCCCCGAUGAUGCCUGAAUAAACAGGAGAAAGUGCUUAGUACUGAC